GAUAACACGUGCACUCCCCAACCUUCUAGAAUAGUGUUUUGCGAUUAAUCAAGAGGUCGUACCAGUCUUGCGGGCGAAGUGAGAAACAAUUGGAAACUGGCUGGAAGACGAUGCUGUAAAUUCAAGAGGGGGAAAAGGAGAGAGAGAUUCUAGAUGAGAUUGUGAUUUGGGUUGCUUGAUUCGCUCAUGAGAUCAGAUUCACCACCAGCUUUGAAGCGGAAGAGACUCAUCACUAUUGAUCUAAUGGACUUAGAAUCAACUAAGGCAAAGCUUGCAGCUGCAAAAGAAAAAUUUGGACGAGAAAUCCGUGUGUUUGAAACAGUAACCACCUCUCCAUCAUCAAGUGAUGUUUCCAACAAUGAGGAGCCAGAUGACUUUUAUGAGUUUACUGCCGAGGAUUAUUAUCGAAUUUUAGCGACUAAAAAUGGAGAUAAAUUCCUAAAGACGCGAAAAAUCCGAGAAGCGGAGGAGGCUGCUCGAAGGUCAAGGAUAACCAAGGCUGUAAUUCGGGUACGAUUCCCUGAUAAUCACACGUUGGAGGUUACAUUUCAUCCAUCAGAGAAAAUUCAAUGUUUGGUUGAUCUUCUCGUCAAAGUGGUUGCUCAACCGGAACUACCUUUUUGUGUUUAUACCACUCCUCCUAAGAAGCAAAUUAAAGACACGUCGCUGGAUUUCUACUCGGCUGGCUUUGUUCCUGGUGCAAUCGUGUAUUUUUCCUAUGAUCUACCGAAAGGCAAUGAUGAUGCAGCUGUAUCAGGUCCUUUUCUUCAAGAGGAGGUCAUGUCUUUGAAAGGCUUAGAACUAGCAGCUGAGCAGGCGCAGCCUGCCCAAUCUGCCCCAGAACCUGUAAUAGGUAGUACCUCCCGUGUCACUCAAGAGCAGAGGCCUGCUGACAAAAAGACUGUUAAACCUAAGUGGUUGAAAAUGUGAUGGUUGACUUCACAGGUGAAGGUUAAACUUGUGGCCUCGGUCAUCUCUCAUAAAAUGGGUAGUCAUCUCUUAAAACUCGAUGGCACAGGACGAAUGAAACUCGGGUGAGCAUGGCGAAAGCUUUAAGGGACAAUAAACAUGGUCAUAUGUGGAUGUCAAAUCCUUGUGCAAUCAGGUUUUGAAUGUGAUUAUCAGUGUACAUGUGUCGUCCACCAAUCUUUGAAACAGUAGCGUGGAUACUUCCCUGUUAAAUCGCUACAAAAUUUCGAAUUUCAUGUUAUGCAUUACCAGGAUAUGAUUUUAAUAUCUUUUGGUGUUAUUUAAAAGCUGAGAAGUUACAUAUUUGUAAUUCUUCAAGAUGGUGAUUUCAUUUUCUUGGUGGCUACAAAAGUGUACUAUCACCUGAAAUGCAGACAUACGAGGUGAUCAAUGAUCGUUUCAGUGGGG